UGUGGGCGGGGCCAAAUGUAUUUGCGGAAGACGUGUUUGUUUUUGGUGUGUGUGUGUGUUUUAUGUGCGCCGAUGUGGCUGAAAACAAUUCAUUCUACUUACGUGUAGUAUAUUCUAAGUACAUAUAAUACCGUUUCAACAUUACCAUGCUGCUUCAGCUCCUUUCUUGCCUUGUACUUUGUUUUUAUUUUGCCCAGUCAAAAACAAGAAAUGUCGUCCUGAUCAUCGGUGGUUGGCCCUGUGUGGAUGGGAGAAAAUCCCAAAGAAAAAAGAAACCCGAUGAUGCCGGGUUUGAGACGGAGGUGUACAAUAAUUCGGUGGUCCACACCCCUCACCUGCGUUCUCUGGCCCAACGCAGCCUGGUCUUCAACAACGCCUUCACGUCUGUCAGCAGCUGUUCCCCCAGUCGCUCCACCAUCCUCACUGGCCUGCCGCAGCACCAGAAUGGCAUGUAUGGCCUCCACCAAGGCGUGCAUCAUUUUAACUCCUUCGAUGGCGUCCAAAGUCUGCCACUGCUCCUCAGCCAAGCUAACAUACACACAGGUAUCAUCGGCAAAAAACAUGUUGGCCCUGGGUCUGUAUACCCCUUUGACUUUGCCUACACGGAGGAAAACAACUCCGUCCUCCAGGUGGGGAGGAACAUCACCCGCAUCAAACUUCUUGUUCGGAAGUUUUUCCAGACCCAUAAAGGGGAAGAAAGUGAAAAAGAUGAAGAGAGGCCUUUUUUUCUCUAUGUUGCCUUCCAUGACACCCACCGCUGUGGACACUCCCAGCCCCAGUAUGGAGCCUUCUGUGAGAAGUUCGGGAACGGGGACAUGGAGAUGGGAAGAAUUCCCGACUGGACUCCACAAUAUUACACACCACAACAAGUUAAGGUUCCUCCCUUUGUGCCGGACACGCCUGCAGCACGGGCCGACUUGGCUGCUUUGUACACGACUGUUAGCAGGCUGGACCAGGGCAUUGGAUUGGUUCUUCAGGAGCUUAGGGAUGCUGGCUAUGAAAACGACACCUUGGUCAUCUACAGCUCUGACAACGCCAUCCCCUUCCCCAACGGCAGAACCAACCUGUACCGCUCCGGCACGGCGGAGCCCAUGCUGCUUUCCUCUCCCGAGCACAGGAAUCGAUGGGGAGACACCAGUCAGGCUUACGUCAGCUUACUGGACAUCACCCCCACCAUCCUGGACUGGUUUUCCAUCCCCUACCCGUCCUACAGUCUUCCCGGCAGCAUGGCUGUCCCAGUCCAGCUCACGGGUCGUUCUCUGCUGCCUGUUCUGGUCGCUGAGCCCAUCGACUGGCACACCGUCUUCGCCAGCCAGUCCCUACACGAGGUCACCAUGUACUACCCCACACGCUCCGUCCAUCAGGGGGCGUACCACCUCCUCCACAACCUCCACUACCGCAUGCCUUUCCCCAUCGACCAGGACCUGUACGUGUCGGCCACCUUCCAGGACCUGCUGAACCGCACCAGGCAGCGUGAGCCCACACACUGGCUGAAGAGUCUACAGCAGUAUUACUACAGAGAGCGCUGGGAGCUGUACCACACCAGGCGAGACCCUCUGGAAACAAAUAACCUGGCGUCAGACGCGUCCUACAGCAAAGUGCUGGACAGCCUGAGACAGCGUCUGCAGAAAUGGCAGUGGCAGACGGGGGACCCGUGGGUUUGUGGAGCGGACUACGUCCUGGAGGACAAGCUGGAGCCACAAUGCAGACCACUAUACAAUGGACUAUAAAAGGCGCAUAAUCAGGUUUAUUUCCAUGUUUGUAUGCCAGGCUGCUUUUAACGCUCCUAAAGAAGUAAUGCUAUUA